AUGAAGUACGUGUUAGUUAGCGGCGGUGUCAUCAGCGGCAUUGGCAAAGGCAUAAUAGCUUCCUCGUCUGGGCUCCUACUUAAGACGACAGGUCUUAAGGUUACGGCAAUUAAAAUCGACCCUUAUUUGAAUGUAGACGCUGGUACAUUAGGUCCACUCGAGCACGGGGAGUGCUUUGUUCUGAAGGACGGAGGCGAAUCCGAUCUUGAUCUCGGAAACUAUGAGCGUUAUUUGAACCUUAACCUCACCAACGAGAACAACAUCACAACCGGCAAGAUCUACAAGGCCGUCAUCGAACGGGAACGGAAGGGCGACUACAUAGGUCGCACAGUCCAGGUUGUACCUCACAUCACAGAUGCCAUUCAGGACUGGAUCCAGCGGGUAGCGAGGAUACCUGUCGACGAUAGUAGCGAAGAGCCCGAUGUCUGUAUCAUUGAAUUAGGUGGCACUGUUGGCGAUAUUGAGAGUAUGCCCUUCGUCGAAGCAUUAACUCAAUUCAGAUAUAAGGUUGGCAAAGGAAACUUGGUCAACAUACAUGUCUCUUACGUGCCCAUUAUCCACGGCGAGGAGAAGACCAAGCCUACACAGCAUGCUAUCAAACAGAUGCGAAGCGCCGGUUUAAUACCAGACCUAAUUGCCUGCCGCUGCGAGCGCGCUCUCGACGAAGCUACGACCCAAAAGAUCGCCCGAAGCUGUCAAGUUGAAUUCAAGCAGGUUGUUACCGUUCGGGAUAUCGAGACUAUUUACCAAGUACCACUGCUCCUCGAAGACCAGGGUUUACUUCACCGUCUACGCGAAGCCUUGAUGUUAGACCAAUUAUCGAUCCCUCCGACCUUGGUCAGCAAAGGCGAAGACUUAUGGAAAUUGUGGAAGAAGACUGUCGUGACAAAGCCAUACCUGGAGCCGGUAAUAAUUGCUUUGGUUGGUAAAUAUAUCGCACUUCCUGAUAGUUACCUCUCUGUGAUCAAAGCUCUAGAACAUUCGGCAAUGCGAUGCAAUCGCAAGCUAAACUUAUGCUGGAUUGAUGCAGAGCACCUUGAAGACGCUACUUUGAAGAGCGAUCCUACCAUAUAUCAUAAGGCUUGGUCACAACUUACUGUUGCUUCUGGUUGCAUCUGCCCGGGAGGGUUUGGUGGUAGAGGUGUAGCAGGGAUGGUUAAGGCUGCAAAAUGGGCACGCGAAUGCAAGAUCCCUUACCUGGGAAUCUGCCUUGGAAUGCAGGUCGCCGUUAUAGAAGCUGCUCAGAAUCUGUGUGGUUACAAGAGUGCUACCUCGGAAGAAUUUGAUGCCAACGCCGAACACCGUGUUGUCAUCUUCAUGCCAGAAGGGUCAAAAGAAAUAAUGGGCGGCACAAUGCGACUCGGUACAAAAGCAACACAUUUCCAAUCCGGGAGUGAGUGGAGUAAACUUCGGGCUUUGUACGGAGACUCCACCAUUAUGGAAGAGCGACACAGGCACCGCUACGAAGUCAACCCUGAUUAUAUCGAGGAGCUCGAGAAGGCCGGGCUCAACUUCAUCGGCAAGGAUGAAUCAGGAAAGCGUAUGGAAGUGGUUGAACUGAAGGAUCAUCCCUUUUUCGUUGGAGUCCAGGCUCACCCCGAGUUUACAUCUCGCGUUCUCGCUCCGUCGCCUACGUACCUCGGUUUUAUGGCUGCGAGCACUGGCUGCCUCGACCAGGUUAUCCAGGAGAUACGACAACAAAAGAAGCAAACUAACGGUCUUGCCAAUGGUGCGGAGGAGAGCGUUCAUUUCUGA